AUGACACCCAACCACCACGUGCAGGUCGGCGUCGCUGCCGGAGCGCCGCAGGUGCAGAUGGCGCAGCCCACGCUGGUGCUGCCUCCCCUGAGCAACGGCAGUGAGGCGUACGGCGGCGGCGUGGUGGUAUCGGUGCGGCUGUCGGCCGCAGCAGUCAAGCCCGUCACCGCCAGCCUGCGGCUGCUGCUCCCCAGCAACGUCAGCAGCAGUGAUGCCAGCGGCAACAACAGCAGCAGCGGCGCCUGGGUGCCAGUCGAUCCAGAUGAGCUGUGGCUGGAGCCGGCACAGCUGAGCUGGCGGGCAGGCGAGGCAGGCGACGCCAAGCGCGUGCGCCUGCGCUCUGCGGCGGAGCUGCCGCUGUCGGUGGUGCUGGAGGAUGCGCUGUAUGCUUCUGGUGGCACCGGCAGCGGCGACGAAUUCGGCGCCGGCAACGGCGUGGGUGCAGCACCCGCCUCGGGCCAGCCGCUGCUGCGUGUGGAGCUGGCUGCCGCCUCGGGCGCUGCCAUUGACGAGCAGCGCAGCAGCACCACGCUAGUGCUGGAGGUAGCAGGGGAGGUCGAGGGUGACGAGGCUGGCGCCAGCGAGGCUGCUGCCGCCGACCUCGGCCUGCCGCUGUUUGGCUUCGUUGCCAAUCAGGCGGCCUACCCUCCCGCCAACAGCAGCAGCGGCAGCGAUGCCAGCAGCAGCGGCAUGGCGGCCAUCCCUGUGCGCCUGCUGGCGGGGCGGCUGCGCGAGAUGGCCACUCUCAAAUUCUCGCUGGAGCUGCUGAGCGGCAGCCCUGCAGCUGGCAGCGGUCACACCCGCCAGCAGCUCCUGCCCGCAAAGACCAUGAGCGGGUUCCUAUACUUUAGGCCGCCACCAUCAGCAGCGGCGGCGGGCAAGAGCGCCGGCAGCGAGGGCCAGCAGCAAACAGCGGAGGCAGAGCAGGAGGAACAGCUGAUUGAGCUGCCGCUGGCCUGGGCCCGCAUCCCGCCUGAGGCCGAGUACCGGCUGGGCCUGGAGCUGGAGGCCAUUUACCAUGCCAGGGUGCAGCCACAGCCGGAUGCGGUGGCAUUGCACAUCUUCGGCUCCCCCCUGGGCACCUGCCCGCCCGGCUUCGCACUGAAACAGCCCGGCGCUGGCAGCGGUGGCGCCAACGGCGCCGCCAGAGGCAGCGCCAGCCCUGUCAGCAGUAGCGACGGCAGCUUUUCAGAGGAGGCCGACUUUGGGCUAUUCCUCAACGGAACGGUGAUCGACCUGAGCAGCAGCCUGAUAGAUGCGGGCGUGCGGGAGUAUGCGGCCAUGGUGGAGAGCGACGUGCCCACAGUCACGCUCUGCCUGCUCGACAGCAGCCAGGGCCCCGGGUCUGUGCAGACCGUGCCUGCAGCCGGCUCCAACAAGGCAGUGGCAGCGCUCCGCCCCGCCCCCACCGCCGUCGCCGAGUCGGCCUGCGGCUGCGAGGGGGGCGGCAGCCAGGAGAGCGCCAGCAGCGUGCAGGGCAGCAGCAGCGUGACCAGCAUCCGCAGCGAGGAUAGCAGCAGAGCCUUGGAUGGCGUCAGCACCAAGGAUGCCGCCACCAGCAUCAGCACCAAGGGUAGCAGCAGCGUCGGGGCGGAGGAUGCGUGCGAGUACACGGCAUGGGUGUUGCCGCUGCAGGCGGGGCAGAAUGAGUUCACGGUCACGCUGCCGGGGGAGGCGCAGGAGGGCCUGGCGCCCGCGCCGCCACCUGCGGUGGAGCUGGUGCGCAGCAUGAGCGGCCCCGCCGACGGCGGCGGCAGCGGCGGGCAGGAGCAGUACAGCCUGGCCGUGGUGCGGCUGGCUGACCCUGAGCAUGCAGAGCUGGAAAGCAUCACAGGCAAGCAGGGGCCGGUCAGAUCGUCGGACGACACCGCGGUGCUGCUCUGCGGCCCAUCCAGCAGCAGCGGCAGCAGGAAGCUACCCAGCCGGGCGGCUCUGGACACAGGCAGCGACAGCCUGGUGGUGCCUCUAGCGGCCGAGCCAUGCGUGCCUGGCCAGCUGCUGUCGCUCAAUGUGAGCGAGCGCAGCCGCCUGGUCAGCCUGACGCCUGCCCUGAAACGGCCCAACGUGGCAGGGGUGCGGGUAGAGGUCAACGGCCAGGUGCUGUCGCGCGGCGGCGAUGUGGCUGCGGACCAGCUGGAGGACACCACGGCAGCACAGCAGCAGCGCAGCAACGCCUCCUUCCUGCCCUCCGCCUUCAUCAUGGGCCUGCUGCCCGGGUCCCGCCUGGAGGCAGAGGUGGUGGUGGUGGCAGAGGAUGGGGUGACCACACGGCGCUACCCGCUGGAGUUUGUGGUGGUGGCGGGCAGGGACGCACAGAAGCAGCAGCUGGCGGUGGCAGAGGCGGCGGCAACCGGCGGCAACGCCACGUCGGCCGCUGCAGCGGGGCCCAGCACACGGCAGCGAGUCAACUCGUCCGCCUGCCACAUGUGCCCACCUGGCACCUUUGCCCGCUCGGAGCAGUCCCCGGCCUGCCUGGCCUGCGGCCCAGGCACCUUUGCCUACUCCUGGGGCUCCGCCUACUGCAAGAACUGCAUAGAGGGCACGCACGCGCCCACGGCCAACGCGUCGCUGUGCCUGCCCUGCCCCGCCAACACCACCACGCGUGACGACGGCAGCAGAUCGUGUGAUGUGCCACUCAGGCCCGGAACCUACCAGGCGCCACGCUAUGCCGUGGUCGUCUCCUUCUGGGUCACCCUCACAGGGGUGGAUCCAGAGGAUGUGGUGGUGCGGGCGGGAGUGAAUGCUGCGCCCGAGGCCAUUGUGACCAGCCUGAUCCGCGCCGACACCGCCCACCAGUUCAACAUCUCGCUGGAUGAUGUGGAGGUGGUGUCGGUGCGCCAGGUGGCACGCCGCACUCUCAGCGCCAACGUGACGGCCACCCUGGGGGUGGAUGUGCCUGCAGGAGCCACAGACGAGGACAUUGCUGCUGCCAUGGAGGUGGAGCGCCUGUCCGCCGACGACCCCAUCGGCAUGCUGUCCUCAGACCCAGACCGCUUCUUUGGCCGCACAGCCAAGACGCUCGAGGUGCAGGUGGAAAGCGCGGUGCAGGCCACCACCGAGAGCCGGCCCGGCGGCACACCCGCUGGCCUGUGA